AUGGAGAAAAAGAGCAGCUCCGGAGCCGACGAGGCCUUCGACGUCAACAUCGAGGCCGCCCGGCCGGGUGAGACCACCGACUUCACGUUUGCCCACGAUGGCGAGCAGCUCAAGCGAGGCCUCAAGAGUCGACACCUGCAGUUCCUGGCCCUCGGAGGAGCCAUUGGAACCGGUCUCUUUGUCGGAUCCGGUGGCAUCCUGGCGGACACCGGGCCUGCGCCGCUCUUCAUGGCUUACCUCUCCAUGUCCAUGAUUGUCUACAUUGUCAUGAACGUCCUGGCAGAAAUGACCGUCUACCUUCCGUUCCGAGGUGUCACCAUUCCGUACUACGUCAGCCGCUUCGUCGAUCCCAGCCUGGGCUUCGCUGCGGGUUGGAACUACUGGUACGCCUACACGAUGCUGGUCGCCGCCGAGGCCUCGGCAGCUGCCAUUGUUCUCGACUACUGGAAAGCCCACGUCAACGUUGCUGUCUGGAUUGCCAUUGUUCUCAUUGUCCUGCUGGCGCUCAACUUGUUUGCCGCUGCCAUCUUUGGCGAGGCCGAGUUCAUUUUCGCGUCGAUCAAGCUGAUUGCCUUGUUUGUCCUUUGCAUCAUCGGCAUCGUCUUGUUCUUCGGCGGUGGCCCGAAUCAGCAUCACGUCCUCGGCUUCCACUACUGGAAUGACCCGGGCGCCUUUGUGGAAUACAAUGCCAAGGGAAACACGGGCAAGUUCUUGGGCUACUGGCACGCCUUUGUCAAGGCCGGUUUUGCCUUCAUUACCAGCCCCGAACUGAUCGCCAUCGCCGCCGGCGAGGCCGUUUCUCCCCGCCGAAACUUGAAGAAGGCAGCCCGCCGAUUCACCUUCCGUCUGGCCCUCUUCUACGGCGUCUCGUCUCUCAUCAUCGGCAUCAUUGUCCCUUCAAACGACCCUAGACUGCUGGGAGCCUCCAACGCCAGCGCCUCGCCCUUCGUCAUCGGCAUCCAGAAUGCGGGCAUUCCCGUCCUAAACCACAUCAUCAACGCCGUCAUUCUCACCUCUGCCUGGUCGGCCGGAAACUCCUUCCUCUACUCCGCCAGCCGAGUUCUGUACUCCAUGGCCAUCAACGGCCAGGCUCCCAAGUGGUUUGCCCACACCAACCGCCUGGGUGUCCCGUGGGUUGCCGUUCUGUUCACAUGGGCCUUCUCCCUCCUCGCUUUCCUCAACGUCAACAACUCCGGCGCCACCGUCUUCAACUGGUUCGUCAACAUUUCGACCAUUUCUGGUUUCCUGGCUUGGAUCAUCAUCAUGAUCACCUAUCUUCGCUUCCGCAAGGCCAUGUUCUUCAACAACCUCUGGGGAGAGAUGCCGUACAAGACGCCCUUGCAGCCAUACGGCACGUAUGCUGCGCUCUUCGUCAUUUCUCUCCUCACCCUCACCAACGGCUUCCAGAUCUUCAUCGGCGAUAACUGGAACGUGAGCGACUUCCUUGCCGCCUACAUCACACUGCCCAUCUUUCUUGUUCUGUACAUCGGCCACAAGAUCUGGAAGCGGACGCCCUUCUGCAUUAAGACGUCUGAAGUGGACGUCAUCACGGGCAAGAAGGAGAUGGACGAGAUGGAGGCCAUGGACCAGCCGCCUGUGCCCAAGAACUUGCUGCAGAAGAUAUGGUUCUGGGUGGCAUAG